GUUGCCAGGCAACAAGAGUAAACAGUACAGGAUCAUGGCCACUAACUACAGUGCCAACCAGUAUGAAAAGUCUUUCUUACCCACGUACCUGCAGAACUGGUCUCCUGCCAAGCCAACAAAAAAGAGUAUUACCACCCAUGAAGGUUACACUCAGAUCAUCGCAGAUGAUCGAGGUCAUCUCUUACCUUCAGUGCCGCGUUCCAAGGCAAGCCCUUGGGGUUCCUUCAUGGGCACUUGGCAAAUGCCCCUGAAGAUACCACCUGCUCGGGUGACCUUGACCUCCCGUACAACUGCUGCUGCCACUUCCCUCACCAACUGGAUCCACAAGAAUCCUGAUCUACUCAAUGCCUGUAAUGGGCUGUGUCCUGAAAUCUUAGGCAAGCCCCAUGACCCCGACUGUCAGAAGAAACAGAAGAAAUCAGUCACAAAGACUGUACAACAGGCACCAAGUCCAACCGUAAUCCCCAGCUCCCCAGUUAUCCACAGCGACUCAGAUGACAUUCAAAGUCCACACCCCUCUGCAGGUCACACUCCAGGUCCCCAAACUCCAAUCACCUCUCCCAAGAACCCACCUGCGAGCCCUGAAGUCAGCAAGCCCAGCCCAGUAAACACUUGUUAAGAGUACCAAGCGGGCCCUAGUCUA